AUGGUAGGGAUUGGGCGCAUCAACCUCCCCGUCAUGCUGGCCUGCGUCGUGGCGACAGGAGGGCGAGGCCUUGGAGACGAUUUUAGCCUUGGUGAUGAUGAUACCAUGGAAGAAGUGGGGCACAAGAUGGAGGAGGAGGAGGAGGAGGAAAGGAGAAGAGACUACAUUCUGGGUGACCUUGAUUUCGACGUGGUAGACUGUACUUUCGAUCGCAUCGGGGACAGGAACGGGGUCUGUGCUUGCCUUGACCUUGAAGAAAGAAUCGCCAAGACUGUUGAGCAGGUCUUCUACUACCUGGGAUCUAAGGACUCGGCGACGUCUAAGGAUAUUGACACCAUCAUCAACCGGGCGUCGGCGUCGAUCAAGGGAAGAUAUGUCAACCCUGCCCGCAAGGUGCUGGAUCGAGUGAUAGUUGGCGAUCAAUUCUCUUUUCCUGAUGGAUGGUUUGCUAUCGAUCUUGGAAAUCACACGAUGCUCCGGCCGAGUCACUAUGUGAUGAGGAACGGAGGGUCAAGGGUGGACGUCAUAACAGGAUGGGUGUUGGAGGCCGCGACGUGGGUGAAGGGGAAAUGGUGGAGAGAAGGAGAUUGGACGAUCAUCGACAAGCAUGUCAACGACACUAGCUUCUAUGAUCUGAUCGACGACGGGUCAUCUCCUGGUUUCUACAACUUCACCAAGAUGCCGAUGAAGUGGAACAACCGGAUAAAGCAAUACGAGCCUGCUAUUCACCCGCAGCUUCAAUUCACUUGGUCGCCGACCCCCAUCGGUGAGAUGCCGCAUCACACCUUGAGCUUCCCCCUGGAGUGCAAGAGGUCGUACAGGUUCUUCAGGCUGCGGCAGCUCACCCAUGCACGGCAUACGCAUCAUGGGGGUACGUCGGAGGUGCUGAACAAGAUGUACAUCCAGGGCUUCGAGCUCUAUGGCCGUCUCAAGGUGGGCGUUCUGCAGAAGACCAUGCCGCCCUUCGUCCCUCACGAGAGGGGACAGUGGGUGUUCGGUCCGAGCCCCGACAAGAGCACGUGGCCCGACAAAUACGAGCCACGUUUCACUUCGGCAGCAAGAGACAAGACGGAAAGGGCCAGCGUCAUCGACGCGUCCCUGAGGAGCAGCAGGGUCCCCCUCGAAUGCGUUGACUUUGUCGCCAAUGCAUGGAGAGAUCUUUGCGGAAAGGAAGGGAACUCGGAGCAAGAGGAUUCUUCAGACGUUGACGUGGAAGAUAUCGGGGGGUGGGUUUCAGAGUUUGUGCUGUCGGAGAGUGACGUCGCGAGGCUGAAAUCCUUGUGUCAAGAGGCUCCCAACACCCUCGAAAUGAGGCGAGUGCUGGGCUUCUUCUGGAAGAAGAACUCCAAGGUUUCCGAGCUCAUGGAAGCCAUCGGAUCUCGCAGACCUGGCCAGGUGCGUCACUCUAGAGCCCGUACAGAGCCCUCUGAAGCCUCGGAUGCUCUCCUGCUCUCCUUGGCUGGUCAGAGUUCAUACUACUCGCAGAUGAAGCGCGAGGAGAGGUCGGCGCUGCAGAAUCGCAUUCGGCGUGAACUUGAGGAGUUCAAGAAGGAGGAGGAGAAAAUCAUCGAGAACUGGGAUCAAGGGAAACCUGAGGGAGACAGCCUCCAACUCAAGCAAGAGAGCGAUCGGUUGACGAGAGAGUUAGAGCAGAACAAGCUGAGCAGAGGCUUGAACCUGUUGGAGAUGCGAUCGAGGAUCAAAGACCUCAGGGACAGCCAGUUGCUCCAUCGCGCCUGGUUUCAGAAGCGCGAGGAAGCCAUAGCGCAUUGCAGUCAUAGUUUCUCAGUGGGCGAUCAGCCCGAGUCCAGCGUCAUGGAAGCUAUUGAUGCGGGACAGAGAGCGUUCGGAGGAAACCUGCACAAGGAAGAACUGUCAUCGGAGUUCAGCGAGCUCCUCGGAGCUGCCGCUGUUGUAUAUGUUCACUCUGCAAGAAGAGCAGAGUCUCGUCAAGAUGUUGAUGCAGGCAAGAGAUGCUGGGCAACCGCGGCAAGGCUGUGGGAACAGCAGAUGAAGCACCUGAUUGCCGUAUGGGGGAGAGAGCACACCAAUGUAUCCAAAUGUCUCGGUAAUGUGAAGAUGGCCCAGCAAAAAUCAGGAAUGAUCUUCUCAUAA